CCCCUAACCACUUUACAUCGAUUGUUGUUUUUAGACAAAAAGGAGAAACGCCACCGAAGGGACUUUGAUGGUAACUAUCGUAGACCCCUAUCUGUCCGGACCACGAUUCAAAACCCGACGGUUCACAUACUCUCGGAGGACGCCGCGUGCAUCGCCUACAUUCGGCUGACUCAAUUCACCGACAAGUCCGACGUGCUGUACACCCAACAAACCGAGGAGACGCGUGUCUGGGCGCGCCGACAGGGCGUCUGGCAGAACGUCCACGUCCAUCGAUCCUGCCUGAACACCCCGAGUCAGCCGAACAACCCCAGCGGGUCCCUGAGCACGGCUGCCAGCAUCGCGUACCCCCUCUGA